AAACCAGACCAUUGCAGACUUCUUCAAACCGGUUUUAAACAAAGACCUUGGCCAUAAAGACAGAACUGUGUUGUGUUCACCAGACAGAGGAAGAGUAAAAGAUGCAGGAGUCGGGCUGUCGGUUUUAUGCGCUGAACGUUUUGAAAAGAAAAUAUCUUCUCCAAGGAAGGUCAGAAGAAAAAAGAUGUCAGAGCGAACAGCAAACACAAGUCCUGUGUUAGAUGACUUUCGGAGACGAAUUAAGGAGAAAAAAGACAGUAUAAGCGUUUUGGAGAAUGGCAGAGCAUGCAAGGCCCUGGGCUCGUUCUACCCAGAAGUUGUGAUUCAAAAACUCCUUGUUACCCCAGAGUCUCACAACUGUUUCUUGGCCAAAAAGGAGAAUACUGUCAAGUCAGAACAAGGAAGAGAUGAGAAGUGUCUGAGUGUAAUAAGAGCGUCAUUGUCUCGUGGAAAUAGCUGGGAACAGGAAACUGACCAUAUGGAUCUAGAAGACACUAGUUCAGACUCCGACAAAUGGAUUUCAUCAUCAGAAGCUGGUACUCAGAAAGCCUGUGCUAGAAAUAAUGGCACAGCAAACAACAUGUCUCUGUGCCAAAACCCAGGUCUUCCCAUGAAAUUGCCCCGCACUCCGCCUGGCUCUGAAUUUAGGUUGUCACUGGAAGCUCUCUGCAGAGAGAGGAAUCGGAAGAAACAUAGAAUGAAACAAUCUAAGCCACAUCCUGUCAAGCCAUUCUCAGGAACAAGUGUAUCACAUCAGGGAACUGGAUGUCCUUUAAGAAAAAUACCACAUUCUGACUCAAGGGAGACUGCCUCAGAUGAUCCAUCUCAACCAAAGCCAAAGAAGGUUUCAAAACACGAGGCGUCUUCUUCAAAUGCACUGAGAAAGUCGUCUGAGAAGGCUGCUGGUAUGCAGAAGAGCCAGUCUGUUCCUCCACACUGCCUUAGAUAUAAGAUGUCUUCUGGGCCCUCCAAACAAAUAGACUUUCCUGGGAAAAGAAAACACACUGCCAUGGGUGCAGAGGCAGACAGUUCAAAUCAGCCUGAGGUAUCCAGUUUGAAUGACUCUGCUUUUAGCAGAUCAUCUGCAAAAUGCAAAAAUAGGACAUCUGACUUUAUAAAAAAUAUCUUUCUAAAGUCAACUUGUGGUGAUGUUCUGCAACUGAUGGAGGCUGCUGCUCUGCCUAGACAUGAGCCUACUUUUCCAGAGGAAUACCUCAACUCAAGUGAUGAAAAUGAGAAAAGUAAUUGCUCCCCUGUGGGUUUGUCAUCUUUCUAUUCUGCACACAGUCCUGGGAAAGAUAAACACGUUUCAGAUACCAAAGAGAAUCAAUUGCAGGUGGCUAACUCUUGCUUUUUCUUGGAAAAGUCCUUUCCUUUUUCUCAGGAAAAAAGUACUGUGUUGCCUUCUCUCCACCACUUAACACAAACAAAAGGUGUGGAAUCUCAUCUCCAGAAUGCUGGUUUAUCUCAGGUGUUGGAUGCUAAGAAGGAGCAAGAUGGGAAAAGAUCAGAAAGACAUGGGCACAAGAAAACUUACAGUAUUCCAUCCAGCAACAGUUUUUCAAAAACGAAAGACAAGACUUCAGAAGAUGCUUCUGAUUCUUGUUCAGUGGAAGGUUUGGGGAAACUUGCACUCUCAGAAGAGACUGGUAAAAGUGUUCCCCAUUCAUUGUCUUGUAAAGAAGGGCGCACGGACAGUGGUCAUACAUCUUCACAACUCUCAGGAGAGUUAAAAGUUCAAAGCACCUCUACAGACAAGUCCAAAUUGAAUGGAAAAUUGAAAAGCAGUUUUGAUAGUGAAGAUGAGAGUUUGGAAUGCAGUCUAGAUGGUGAUGAUGAUGAUGAUGAUGAUGAUGAUGUAGUAUUCAUGCCACUGCAAGAAAUUCUCUCUUCUAGUCCAAAGCCACAGGCAGAAACCCUGGAAGAACCUUGUCUUGACAGUUUUUCUGAGAACACUGUGACUCCAUUACUGAAGCUUCAUCUUUCUAAGCCUCCUGUUGUUAGCCAGGUAUCAUAUGUGAACAGCUUGGAACAUCUUUUGAAGGAGAAAGAAGAAUCUAAAAGGGUUGAUGAACUAGAAAAGUGGUUACAGGAAGACAUACAAGGAAGGGAAACGGAUUCUUCAGAUGGAGGAGAUAAUGAGAAUGCCAGUGGAGAUGAAGAUCUCUCCGAAGAACACAGGGCAUUUAUAAAGAAAUUUUCAGUAAUAGCUCAUGCCAUACCUGACUACCACCCUGGAGAAGAUAUAUUUGAUUUAUCAACCUCUGGGAAAAUCUUCAACCAGCAUAACCUUGACCUGAGGAGUUUUGACUUCGUCCCUCAAAAUCCUAUAGAAAAACUCCUUCUUAGUUCUGGUGUAACACAGCAGCUUUCUUUGGCUAUUAAUGGUUUUCUAAGUUCUGCUUACAGUUGUAUCUUGUGUCCCAUAACAAUUCUAAAGUGGCUUUUCCAGAUGAUGUCUGUUCAUCCUGACUAUUGUGUUUCCACGCAGAUUUUAGACAGAUUAAUGGAGAUCACACUAAAAAAUGCUUCCAUCAGUGAUGAACAGUCUAAACCAUGGAUUCCUUCACUAGCUGAUGUGUCAGCUGUUUUUGUCAAUAUGGGUGUUGCGUUUAGAUCUCUCUUUCCAUUGCAGCAUCUUCAGCCCAACUUUAACGAGUGUGAUAUUUUAAGUCAGAUGCAAGAAACAGUGAGUAAAGAACAGCCAAGAGGAGACCUAACCUCUGCCAGUCCAGCCUUCUCUAGUCUACCAGAAAACAAUUUAAUUAACGUGAUUAAGUUUCUAGGUUUCUGUACAACAGUAAUUCAAGGUGGAUAUACUGAUCAAGAAAUACUGCUGCUGCUUCUAUUGCUAUUUAAAAUAAGCUUGGAGAAACAGUUAAAGCAAAUCCCUUUGAUAGAUUUUCAGUGCCUUUUCAUAAAGCUUCUGAUAAGUAUAAAAGACUGGGAUACAAAGAUGCCUGAGCUCUGCCUGGCAGUGAGCGAACUCUCCAGUCACCACCAUAAUCUCCUGUGGCUGGUUCAGCUGGUGCCUAGCUGGAUAAUACGUGGACGGGAAGUAAGAAGACAUCUUAGUCUAGUGAUAAUUUCAAAGCUUCUUAAUAAAAGGCAUGUAGAAAUACCUGACGACAGUGACGAGCAGAUGUCUCUUCUGCAUCAGUUCCUGGUGUACAUGAAACCUUCUAAUCUACUAAAGAAGAUGAGAGAAGGACUGGAGCAGCAGAAUGACGAUGGAGACCACCUUCAUACAGAACUAGAACAGGAGGCGUACUACCUAAUCUACAUCCUCCUUCAUCUAGUCAGUGAAGCUAGUUUCUUCGAUGUUGUAAAUUCUAAUCAGAGGCAACACUUACUGAAGCUUUGUGGUGCCUUAGAUAAGCACAUAAAAUGUGAUAUUAGGGAAGAUGCAAGGCUGUUUUAUCGAACUAAGGUAAAAGAUUUAGUUGCUAGGAUAUAUGGCAAAUGGCAAGAUAUGAUACAAACCACUCUGCCUACUCAGGGAAAACUGCAUGACUUCUGGGAGCCAGAUUCAUGA